AUGACCGAUGAGACGAUCCUUUACGCCAGCUAGACAAUUUGCUAGCUUCGCAGCUCAACGCGAUGAAUGUUCACAAGGACCAGCGGCUACCAUCGGCGUGUGACCUCUGUCACGACAAGAAGAUCAAAUGCGACCGGCAAAGUCCAUGCGCAAACUGCACUGUGGCUGGCGCCAAUUGUCUUCGUCGGCGACCCAGACAUUCUAGCACCAGGCAGAACAGGAACCAGGAUGAUCGACUCAACAUGGUCCUCGAAGGCAUCAGCAGGCUUGUAGAGUCACUCCCACGGACAGCGCCCGGACCUCCUGAUGGGGCUGCCCACGAGAGAGACCCAGGACGGCCGUCCAUGCGGGACGAGGUUUCUUCGAGUGGCGCGCAUCCGGCCAAAAGAAGGCGAACUGACGCCCCAGAGGCAAUCGUCCCUCGUCCAAGCCAAGAAUAUGGGCCGCGUGAACCAAGUGAGCGGUCCCAAUCACCAUCGAUAUCGGUGAGAGGGACGGAAAUUGAGGCCGGCAACUCCCCCCGGGUGUGUGCAGACGAACCUGGCCCUCGUGAUGAAGAGUUGGGCACCAUCGACCUCCAAAGAUACCUUACACCAUCGCACCAGCAUCAUCAGCCAGGUCAUGGCGACAGCGACAGGCGCCGAGCCCUUGAAGCCGCAAUCAAAGUGGCUAAAAGAGUUGCAAUCAUGCAGCCCAAACCCGAGUCCCUGAAUCGUCCCUUGAUCGAGAGGGUCAACUUCUACGACCCGUCUAUGUACCUGACCGCCGAAUUUGCGCACACGAUCAUGGAUAGGAGAUGUGGCAACGCUGCCAUGAGCUAUUACCUCGACAUCAAUACAAAUGUGUCCAGUUCGACAUUCGAGGACAUGACUCUUGCCCUCAUCAACAAUCGGGUCCAUGGUCAAACGAGACUGCACUAUAUUGUCUGCGUCAACUAUGUCGCCUAUUCGUAUCUAGUGGCGAAUGGCUCCGAAGGCCAAAGCGCGGCCAUGAUGGAAAACCUUCAAGUCUCGAGGCGCAGAUAUUGUGCAAACGCAUUCGCGGCUUUGGACGAAAUGGACUUGAACUCUGCUCCAGAUAUCCCCAUGCUCCAGGCAUUGUUAUCAGGCGCGAUGUUGUCCCAGGAUAUGGGCAACAUGCGUCGCUGCUGGCGGCUUAACACCCAUGCUUGUCGCAUAUGCUCGCGUCUUGGUGGGAGGGCUUUGAGUGAACUUAAUACCGUUGCCUCACUCGAAGAGGCCAUGAACACCCGUCUAGUAUUUUUGAAAUGCUACAUCUUCGACAAGUCACUGUCGGCAAACAUGUAUCAGCCCUCGUGCUUGGCAGAUGUACGGCUGGAUACUUCGAGGCUGGAUGUUACCAAACCCUCUCAUGCCAUGUUAUUCAUUCUUCUGGAGCUUUCAAAGGUGCAGGAAAUCAUGGUCCGCGAGACCGACGCGAUCAGGUCCCCUAGUCGGCCGGCUGGACUCAGCUUGGAGAAUAUGCCAUGUAACGAGAAACUGAGGACUUGCCAAGGGAGAAUGCACCAAAUAUUUGCCCAAACUCAGGAGUUUCGAGCCAAACCCCCUUCCAACCAGGACGACUUUUUGAAAUUUGAAUGGAUGAAUGUCGAUUUCAUCUACUUCUCCAUGAUGACAAGUCUGAUCCGCUUAACAGUGCGGACCAAUGAUGCGCGCUCUGAUUAUGAAUGUCUAAGGCACGCUCGGAAUGCCUUGUCAUCCCUGAAUCUCCUCCUUCAUCUCUGUGCUCAGCCGUGCUCAUUUCGGGAAAUGUCGAUGAGUUCACUCGCAUGGCUUGUUCCCCUGUUUCCCUUGAGACCCAUCUACAGCGUCUUCAGCAACAUCGUUGCAACAUCGGACCCGCUCGAUCUCAAACUCCUUCAGGAUACGGCGAUCGGCCUGGCUCCAUUAGCUGAGACUCACGCUUCAAUGAAAGCGGUCCAUGAGCUUUGUAGUUCCCUCAUAGACCUGUGCACCGCGUUCGUCAGGAAUAACGACACUAGCCUAGGCCUUCCGUCUUCGCAGUUUGGACUGAGCGGACCGAUCACGCCGUCUACUGGCCAGACCCAGGAGCGCGAAGGUCUCCGACAGCAAGGACGGCUCAAAACCGUUCCAUUCAACUCCGUUGGCCAAUCGACAGUAGUCCCGGGAAACAUCAAUCAAGAAUUCCAUGGCCCUGUGGCCCAGGAGCAAUCGUUACUUGCCGGGAAUGACAACUUUCAGAAUAGAUACCACUUUGGCGAUGAUCUCGAUUGGGAAUUGUUCUGUGCCCAGCCAUCUUUGGAUUUCUUCACCCUGGACUAAAGGACUUGGUUGACACGACAAUUCACACGAAGAACGUCAGCUGCCUUGACUCAAUGAUGACACGGUGAAAUUUCCAUCGCAAGAGCAGGACUAAGAGUCACCAGCUGACAGGCCAGGCUGUUGCGUGCUAUCAUCUGGCAUCUGUAAGAAUAGGAUGUGCAAUAUAUAUCGAAUGACCGCUCAAGA